CCAGGUAUUGAUUGGUGCUUGAGCUCUACUCCUCCUCCUCCUCUUGCAUCUCCACCCCCGCAUGCCUGGGUAUCCAGAAUCUGACAUUUCCCCGACAAUCACUUGAUCGACCACCAUCAUGGCGGCCUCUGAGAAUCAACCGCAGGACGGCGCCACUGCCGAUCCCCAGCUAUACGAGGAGAAGAAGUCCAACUUCCCCGACGAGAGCAGGGGUCGCACCCGCAAAUCAGAAUCCGAUGCCCCAACGGCCCUCCAGGCUGAACACGCCCACUCCCCGUCUGGCAGCGACAGCGAUGUCUCCUCCAGGAAGAAGCCGCGCGCCGACGGCAAGCGGGAGCUGACCGAGGAUGACUGCUACGAGAAGCUCGGCUUCUGCUUCCCCUGGUACAAGAAGUGGACCAUCCUGACUGUCGUCUUCAUAGUCCAGAUGUCCAUGAACUUCAACACGGGCGUGUACUCGGAUGCCCUCACCGGCAUCGAGGACGAGUUCGGCGUCAGCGCCCAGGCCGCCCGCGUUGGCCAGGCCGUCUUCCUGAUCGCCUAUGCAUUUGGCUGUGAGCUGUGGGCGCCCUGGAGUGAGGAAUUCGGGCGCUGGCCCAUCAUGCAGCUCAGUCUGUUCUUGGUCAACAUCUGGCAGAUCCCCUGUGCCCUGGCACCCAACUUCGGCACCAUCGUCGUGUGCCGCAUCCUGGGCGGGCUCAGUUCCGCCGGCGGGUCCGUCACCCUGGGCAUGACCGCUGAUAUGUGGGAGAUCGACGAUCAGGGCUUCGCAGUUGCAUACGUCGUCCUCUCCUCCGUGGGCGGCUCCACCAUCGGACCCGUCUUCGGUGGCUUCAUCGGCCAGUACCUCUCCUGGCCUUGGGUGUUCUGGGUGCAGCUGAUUUUCGGCGGCUUCACGCAAGUCCUGCACCUCCUGAUAGUCCCUGAAACCCGCGCCACCAUCCUGCUGGAUCGCGAAGCCAAGCGUCGUCGCAAGUCCGGCGAAGACCCCAACAUCUACGGCCCCAACGAGUUGAAGGAGAACCGGUUGAGCGUCAAAGAGAUCCUGCGCAUCUGGAAGCGUCCCUUCGAGAUGUUCGUCCGCGAGCCCAUCGUCCUGUGCCUGUCCCUGCUGUCCGGCUUCUCCGAUGCUCUGAUCUUCACUUUCACCGAGUCCUUCACCCUCGUGUUCGACCAGUGGGGCUUCGACACCCUGACCAACGGCCUCGCCUUCUGCUCCAUCCUCCUGGGUUACAUCCUCGCAUACCUGAUCUUCCUGCCUGAUAUCUGGCGCCAGCGCCAGAUCCGCAAGCGCGACGGCAACGCCGCCCGUCUGGCUGAGCGUCGACUCCUGUUACUCCUGUUCCUGGCCCCUCUCGAGCCCAUCGGUCUGCUCGGCUUCGCAUGGACCUCCAUCGGCCCCGCCUAUGCCCCGUGGAUCGCCCCGCUCAUCUUCGCCUGCCUGAUCGCCAUCGCCAACUACUCCAUCUACAUGGCCACGAUCGACUACAUGGUCGCCGCGUAUGGCGAGUACUCCGCCUCGGCCACCGGGGGUAACGGCUUCGCGCGAGACUUCCUGGCGGGCAUCGCCACCAUGUAUGCCACCCCGCUGUACGAGAACAUCGGCGGCAAGUUCCACCUGGCGUGGGGCAGCACCCUGCUCGGCUGCAUUGCCGCGCUCGUGGCUAUCCCGAUCUACGUUUUCUACUGGAAGGGUCCUGAAAUCCGUCAUCGCAGCAAGUUCGCGCAGACCCUCGCUGCGGACCGCGAGAGACACGCGGGUCGCAGGGCCAGUCGGGUUCGACGGGAGUCGAUGCCGUACCCUGUUUAGGAUGAGAGUUUUCCUUUGCAUUCGUCCAUGCAUUGAGCGCGAGAAUACCCCUCUUUUAUGUUUGAUGGCCUGCCCCCCCCCCC